AUGAGCGCGCAGACGAAGACUGGAAGGUGUGACUCUGUACUUCGUCCACAUGCUCUCCAUGCCUACCUACAGUGCCUGUGGCCGCUACCGGCCGGUCAAAGAGGGAGCUGUCGAUUGAGGAGAGGCAACCAUCGACGAGUGGAGAAACUAACCAACGAAGGCGCAGACGGAAGACUGGAAGGUAAGACUCUGUACUUCGUCCACUUACUCUCCAUGCCUACCUACAGUGCCUGUGGCUGUUACCCGCUGGUCAAGAGGGAGCUGUCGUUUUAGGAGAGCCAACCGUCGACGAGUGGAGAAACUAACCAGCGAAGGCGCAGACGGAAGACUGGAAGAUAUUACUCUGUACUUCCUACACUUACCCUCCAUGCCUACCUACAGUGCCUGUAGCCGUUACUGUCCCGUCAUAG